UCGCUGUGACAAUGACCCAUCAUCUGUUCUCGCUAUGACCCUCCGCGCCACCGUGGUUCUCUGCGUGUUGCUGGCUCUGCCGCUGGCACCCCAGGCCACCGACGACGACGAGGACGCCUCGUUCAACGAUACCGUCACCGUCAUGCCCGUAUUUCUGUCGACCACUCUCGAUUACCUCGCGGGUUACAACAACACGACGAUCAAUCAUCGAAAAGGGGACCCCCUGUUCCCGAAAGACCUCUUCACCGACGAGCAGCUUCGUCAGGGCGCGAUCAUCCUCCACGUCCUCGGCGUGAUUUACAUGUUCGUCGCGUUGGCCAUCGUCUGCGACGAGUUUUUCGUCCCGGCCUUGGACGUCAUCAUCGAGAAGCUCGAUAUCCAGGACGACGUAGCCGGCGCGACCUUCAUGGCGGCUGGCGGCUCUGCCCCCGAACUCUUCACCAGCAUCAUCGGCGUGUUCGUCUCGUUCGACGACGUCGGUAUCGGCACCAUCGUCGGUUCCGCGGUCUUUAACAUCCUCUUCGUGAUCGGGAUGUGCGCGAUCUUCUCCAAGACGGUGCUGACGCUCACCUGGUGGCCUCUUUUCAGGGACUGUUUCUUUUAUUCGGCCAGCCUAAUCGCACUCAUCAUCUUCUUCGAGGAUAACAAGAUCCAGUGGUACGAGGCGCUGGUGUUGUUUUCGUUUUACAUUGCGUACGUUAGUUUUAUGAAGUGGAACCAACCGAUGGAACAUUUCGUCAAGAAGCUGGUCUACAAGAACAAAGUUACUAGGGUUAGGAGCACCGACCAGCUGAUGCCGACGCACCAAGCGGCCGCUCAAACUCUGCACGGCACAGUAGCGACAUCUAGCGAGACAAGCGUUGGUACCCAGCCGGGAGGCAGCGUGACGUCACGAACUGCCUCAGAAACCCCGCAGGUGCCGCCAUCGACCUCAGGCCACCAUCAUACGGGGGCGAAAUUCCGUCACGGUCUCCUUCAGCUUAUGAUCCAUACCAUCGACCCACUUCACGAUGGUCAGUAUGCAGGCAAAGUAGACGAAAAAGCGACGCAACUGCACGCGAUCGCAUCGCUCAAGGUUCUUCUGGACGCGACGAAACCUCAAAACGGCGCCGCGACCUCAUCUGCUGCCAGUUACGUCAGUGCAGCGACCUCGGCGUCUGUCAGCAUCGCCAACAAACAGGAGACGACACUGGCUCCGUCCAGUUUAUCCUCCGACAUGCCUAACGGUGUACCUAACGCCAUGGCAGACGUCAAUUUAGAUGCGAGGCGUAUGUCUGCUGUGCGCGCGCGAACUUCACGUAAGUCGUUGAGCUCACAAGCGGUGGUGUGUCUGCAGGUCGGUGAUAUCGAAGAGGACACCCAAACCGAGGCCAUGGACAUGAGCUGGCCGUCAGGUACCAGAAAAAGGAUCACCUACCUCCUAUUGGCUCCAAUCGUCUUCCCACUCUGGCUGACCUUGCCUGAUACCAGGGCGCCUAGAGGUAAAAAGUUCUUCCCCGUAACGUUUCUUGGGAGUAUACUUUGGAUAGCGGCCUACUCGUAUUUGAUGGUAUGGUGGGCGAACAGGGCUGGAGAUACGGUGGGCAUUCCGCCGGAGGUCAUGGGACUCACUUUCCUAGCCGCAGGCACAUCCAUCCCCGACCUAAUCACGUCUGUGAUCGUGGCAAGGAAAGGUUUCGGCGACAUGGCUGUCUCAUCGUCCGUCGGCAGCAAUAUUUUCGACGUUACAGUCGGGUUACCAGUGCCUUGGUUGCUGUUUGGCAUCAUCUAUCGCGAGGCCGUGGAGGUCAACUCUACAGGGAUGGUGUGUUCGAUAACAAUCCUCUUCAUGAUGUUGAUCUUUGUCAUUAUGUCGAUCGCUUGCUUCAAGUGGCGGAUGAACAAGGGCCUGGGUUUCACCAUGUUCUUGUUAUAUUUCGCUUUUGUCGCGGUGUCGCUCAUGUUCGAGUACAAUUAUAUUAAUUGUCCAGUUUAGAUCGUGUCGACUCGGCUUAAUGUUCGUACAUGUUUAAAAAGACUUUGUGAGGUCCGGGGUUGGGUACUGAGCAAUGCGGUUCUCCAUUUUGUUAAUUUUUAACGAAAGUGCAUUCUUCGAUCGUAGAAGUAUUAGAAAAUGGUUGAUUGGAAAACUGAAGUGGUGCAGUACCGUAACCUAAUCUCAAUAUAUAGUGUUUUACUUAAAACUGACGACUUAUAUAACGUUUUGUACCGAAGGAUUUGUAAGUAUUUUGGUAAUUGUUUCUCGGGUUCAAUGCUGAUAUGUCGUUUUCAUUUGGUUACUGCGUAGACAAGCUGGGAGAAUCGAAACGGAACUUUGUUUUUUGUGACCAUAAGUGAAAACUAGCACAAAACAAUAAAAACGACCACAACAACCAUAUAGUUUCGGUAUGUUAUAUACGUUGCACUAGUUAUUUAAUUAGCACGUUUUUAUUUUAAAGGUCAUGUAGGUCUGUACGCCAUAAUCGAACCUGAGCAAUAUGUAGUACUUGGAUAGGCAGUUUUGAUGUUCAACAGUUAAGAACAAAACUACUUCCAUAAAAUUUACUAAUGGAUAAUAGGAACCGAUCGCGAUUUUGAAAUGAAUGAAAUUCGCAGGUUAUAUUUUAAUUAAAAUUUAAAAAAGGGCUUUAGACAUUAAGACAUAGGGGGCUUUUUUAUUCUUAGUUUAAUGAAAAAGAAAAACUUAAUGUAAUGCAAUAGUCAUAAUUCUUUUAGUUACUUAUACAGCGGGUUUUUUAGCUGAAUGUCAAUCUCAAAAAGAAAACGUCAUGUGAACAUGUGUCCUAAACAUCUUAACUUUUGGUGACGUCUUCAAAAAUAAAAUACAUUACUAUAUAUCAAGAGGUAUUAUUUAGUCUACCACAUUUUUUUCAAAAUACACCAGUGGCGGUCGUAAGGAAUUUAAUAUGCCUAUUUUGGCAGACACUGAUGGAACGCCACUGAUUUCUCUCAAAAUAAAAUCAUUUCAUCAUUCCUAAAGAAAUUUAAUUUCUUGUUUAUUGAAAAUUAAAACUCCUUCUUUGCAUAGUCAUAACGAUAUCGUUAAUAUUAAGAGAAUUGUUAUCAUUAUCAUUUCUUACUUAAGUAAUAGUCCGUCUUAUUAAAAUACUUCGAAAAAUCGAAGUGCGCAAACUUAAAUGAAUAAAACAAAUUUAAAUAGGAGUCGUUUAUUAUUUAUCUUAUUCGGAUGUUAUUUUAUUUCACUAAAACUGCAAAAACAAAUAGAAUUAUAUUAUUUGUUCAAAGACACGCCACUGAUUUCCUUAAAAUAAAUAAUGACGUUUGCAUUCAUUUAUUUUUAGAAGAACCUGGUACACUAAAUAAUGCCCCCUGAUACAUGUGUGACAAAUUUCAUUGAAAAAGCGGAAUUACAAAUAUUAAAAAAAUAUGUUUUAUUUUUGAAAAAUUUACUACUCAAAAGUUAAGAUGGACCCAAAAACUACCCUGUAAAAAUUCUUUUGGAAUUCUUUAGAAGUUUUAAUUCAUACAUUCCCAUUCAUACAUAUAGUAAUUUCCUGACAUAUUUCAGUAACUAUCCAUUCCAAAUGGUCAAUAUUCGAAAGAUUUAAACAUAAAUUAAGAAUGAUAAUACCUGGAAGUUUAUAAAAAUAUCAAAUAUAUACAUAAAAUUCAUUAGACCACUCAGAAUAUAUUAUACAGAAUAACUUUUUUUUAAAUAAAAGUAAGAACAAAAAAGUUGCGCUUAAGGUGUAGACGCAUAAUUCGAUACACGAUACAGGAUGAUUCUCGUUAAAUGGCCUAUUAAAAGUUCUAGAAGAUUAAAUAAAGAAACUCGUCCAAAUUUGUUGUACGGCCAUAACAAUGAUGAUAAACUAUAUUUCUAAGAUAUUUUGCAAGUUCCAACAUUGAGAUCUCAAAUAGGACGCCCUGUAUAUUAGCACAUUUUUGGAUUCUUCCUGAAAUUCCUGAUAUUUUUCGUACCUAACUUCAACUGUUUUCGAGAUAUUGACAGUUGAAAAGGUUUCCAACUUUGACAGGUCAGAUUCCUAUUUCAAAAUAACAAGUUUAUCACCUGGUAUGCAAGUUUUGCACCAUGUAUGAUCAAGUUCCCAUUUUUAGUUCUCCAGAACUUUUUGACAAUGGUUGCACUUCCGGUUUGAAAGGAAACGACAGUAACUCUCGAAUUUUAAAUGACACUACCUAUAUUUUUUUGCAUUUUUGGAUUUAAGAGAUCAUUCUACGUAGGAUAGGGCGGUUUUUCUCUUUUUUUUGUUUUUUUUUAUUUUUAUUAAAUUUUUGAAAAUGAUGUCUAGGAGGCUGGGCCAUCAUAAAUACUCGAAACUUUUCUUUGCUUGUCUAAUGGCAAAUAACAUUUAAUGUAAUGAAGUAUUGAUUUUUUUGGAUAAACUAUUUUUUUGCAAAUAGCACCCUAGUGGGAACAAACGGUACUUUUCUUGGAACCUUUCGACACAAAAAUUUUCAAAAUACGUUAAAAAAUAAGUUCAGAGGAAGAAAAAAACCAGAUAGGUAAAUACAUUUUUAUAAAAACAAAAUAUUACUUAGGUGGCUUCCGUUCUAUUCAUUAUUAAUUGUCAAGUCGGUAAGAUUAAAAAUGCAGAAGAGACUCUCGCGAAGCUCAUGCGGUGAAAAGAAAAACAGAUUAAUAUUUAUAAAAAAGAAGAUAAAAUUCAAAAUGUACAAACUGUCAGAAUUUGCAAUCAUGCCGACUUGAUGAUGAAUAGAAGCAAAGCCACCUAAGUAAUAUUUUGUUUUUAUAAAAAUAUAUUUACUUAUCAGGUUUUUUCCUUCCUGUGAACUUAUUUUUUGACGGAUUUUGAAAAUGUUGGUGUUAAAAUGUUGCAAAAAAAGUACCGGUUUUAAAAAGUUUUAAAAGGUGCUAUUUGAAAAAACUAAAAAAAUUAAUAGUUCAUGAUCAGGUGACCCGGUAAAUAGUAUAUAUGAUGGUCACAACCUCCUAGACACAAUUUUCAAAAAUUAGAUAACAAUUUAAAGAAACAAAAAAAGAGAACAACUACGUAGAAUGAUAUCCUGAAUCCAAAACUGCAAAAAAUAGGUUGUGACAUUUAAAGUUCGAAAGUUUCUGGUUUUGCCGCUCAAACCAUUGACUAGAUAUUGUCAAAAAGUGGACAUUCAGUUUAUUUUCGAACCUUUUCAAAUCGCUAUCUCAAGCCGUUUAAAAGUUAUAGAGUGUUCCCACUUUCUUGUGUC